AUGAGGAGAUGGCAAACACCAAACAAGACUAAUAUAUUGAUUUCACACCAUUUCGACGAUAAGCUAGACUUGGAUUUGCGGCACGAAUUGCAGUACGCGGUGAUGAUAGACGCCGGCAGUAGUGGCAGUCGUGUCCACAUCUAUGUCUGGCCCCCACAUAGCGGUGACACCAGACAACUGCUUCAGAUCCGAAUGCUUCACAACCAGUUGGGCAAAGAUGUCUUCACAAACAUCAGUCCCGGACUCUCUUCCUGUGCGUCCGACCCGUCGAAGGCUGACCAAUAUAUUGAACCUCUUCUCAGGUUUGCGGCCAAAAAUAUACCGAAAGAGAAGCACCGGUCGACUCCUCUCUUCAUACUGGCGACCGCAGGAAUGCGUCUUUUGCCGCCUCAGACACAGAACGCCAUUUUGGAUGACUUGCGGACAGAUAUUCCCAAAAACUUCAGUUUUCUGUUCCCUUCAAAUCACGCGGAAGUGAUCACUGGUAAAGAAGAGGGCAUUUAUUCGUGGAUUGCCAUCAAUUACCUGAUGGGACGGUUCGAUCACUCGAUCGAAACGGGACCGAUCACUACCAUUGAGUUCAAUCAGCAUCGGAUCCGAAGGGCUCAGACCAUCAGUAUGUUAGAGAUGGGCGGCGCCAGCGUUCAGAUAGCUUUCGAGAUCACAUCCAACACUCAGUUCCAGAGUUUGCAAAACAAGCACUCGAGUCAAGAGCUGAACGCUCUCGUCUCGGAGUUCAAUCUCGGCUGCGAUGAACACGACUCCGACCACAACUACCGCUUAUAUGUGACCACAUAUUUAGGUUUGGGCGCAAACUUUGCACGUAAUACUUAUGUCAAUGCUUUGAUUUCAUCGACAAUCAAUACAAACACUGAUAAUACAAGUUUGGCAUCAAAGGAGAUCCAAAUAUACGACCCGUGCCUUUGCAUCGACAGCAGCGAAAGGUUUAAUAUAAGCCGGCGCUCGAAGAACACCAACGGAAGCACUGCUUUCAUUCAUGUGCUCAAAGGGAGCGGCGAUUUCAAGGCGUGUGCACAGAAACUGAAGCAAAUGUUAGACCCGAGCGGUGAAUCGGUGCGCCAGUGCUCUAACUCCAGUUGUCCGCUCAGACAACUCGCACAAACUGACGCCCCGUUUGAUAACUCGGAGUUUUACGGCUUUUCCGAAUUCUGGUAUUCAAUGGAAGACUUGUUAAGAAUGGGCGGACCCUAUCGUAACACCAAAUUCCGGGACUCGUCGUCCAAAUACUGUUCGACGAGUUGGUCCGUAACGCUCGACAGGUUUCAGCGCAAACUCUAUCCGUUGGCGGAUAACAAUCGACUCUUUUACCAGUGUUUCAAAUCGGCGUGGAUUUCAACCGUAUUGCACGACGGUUUCAAAAUGCCCUCAACUUAUACUAAAUUCAAGUCCGCCUCAACUGUUAACCAACAACAGGUUCAGUGGACUUUAGGGGCACUCCUAUACAGAACCCGAUUCUUCCCUCUCCGAGCCAUCGAACAGCAGUACUCAGGAGUGAGUCACUCGACAAACAACACCUCAUAUUAUCUGAAUUACGCCAUGUUUAUAGCGUGUAUGAUGAAUUAUUUAGCAUUCGUUUAA